AUGGCUCACAAUGACUUCAUUCCACUUCGAGAUAUGGUCGUACGAACGAAUUUGAUUGAUAUGAUUGACGUGACACGAUCUGUACACUAUGAGAAUUUCCGUCUCCGACAAAUGGACAAGCUUCCGAAGCAUGUUAUGGAUAAGGACCCGUUCACACAGAUGGAGGAGGAUCGAAAAAAGAAAGAACAAGAAUUAGCCGAGAAGAAACGAGCGUUCGAAAAGACGUUUGCUGAUCGAGUGAAUGAAAGAGAAGCCAAGAUCAACGAAAGAGCUGCUAGGGUGGAGUACGUGAGCAUGAUCUAA